UGUCCGGUGACAAACUAGCAAUCAUUCACAGAGAAAACAAGUUUUGCGGCUGCGGCGAAAAGAAUUAUUUGCAAUUUACCAAAAUUUGUAGCAUAAGUAAAGUGAAAAUAAGUAUGUCCAAAGAGGAAUGUGCUAAAAUGUCUUUAGACGAGGAACCGCUGACGAAGUUAUUCGACGAUGCGAUGAAAAUAUAUGAAGCUAUAGAAAAAAGCAACGAGCCCACAAACAGUAAUAGUACUCAGUUGAGUGUGAAGUCUGCUAUAUCAAAGUUUGAGAAGGCCACAAACCUUGUUUCCCUGGCGCAAAUGUUCAGCAGGAAUGAGGGGGUGGAGGAGCUCCCUACAGAGACACUGCGCUACAUGUUGCUUCCAGCUCUGCUUGGUACUCUCACCCUGAAGCUGUGCAACCAACCACGCAUUGAUCUUGUUAAUGUGGCGGAGAUUUAUUACAAAGAUUUCCUCCAAAGGUGUAAAGACUAUGGAGUGACAGACUUAGAGGUGCCAUCCACAACUGAGUCGCGUGAAGUAGAGAAGCCACAAAGUGAACAAGCCAAGAUUGCCAGUUUGGUUUUAACCAGGGAGGCUAAGAUCAGAAGGUACAAGCAGGCGCAGGAGCUCAAAGACCAGUUGGCUGUACUGUCCAAAGCGAUGGAGUCCUCAGCAGACGAGGAAACAAAAAGAGCAUACUUCUUGAAGCUGCUGGAAAACUACAUCAACCAGGCUUUUGAGGAGCUCAGCAGCAUUGAGCAGGAGAAGUCUAUACUGGAGUACAUGGCUAAGAAUGCUGGAGAACCGAAGCCGGCGGAACGACCCCGCGCGCCGCUAAAGCCAGUGAUAAUAACUCGCGAUGAGCUGCAGAAGGCAGUGUUUGGGGCGGGCUACCCGGCCAUACCCUCGCUCACCGUCGAAGAAUUUUAUGACCAACGUGUUAGGGAAGGCCUGUUCCCCGGAGCAUGCUCGAGUAUACCGCACACGACGAUACAGAGCACGGAGAACGACCCCGACGAGGAGGAGACCAUACGAAAGGAGCGUCUGGAAGAACAAGAUGAUCCUGAAGAGAGAGCGAGGAAAAACAAUAUGGACGAGUACAAGGACGACCACCGCCGCGGGUGGGGCAACCGUCACAAUAGGAGCUAGGGGAGGGGGGGCAACUACUGCGUCCUGCCGGCUGGCCGGGUGUGGCGCGCCCAGUCUACGUAACUGCAGUGGCCGAUUAAGCAUGCGGGGGACUCUGGCACAUAGCUAUUGAAGAACCUCCCGAUUUAAUAAGUUUCGAGCAAAAUUUAUUACUCUUAGACAGAUGUGGUAUCGUAAUGCGGAACUUUCUUCUUAUUAGGGCCCCCCUUCUACCUGGGCGCCCUUAUGCCUGGCUCGCCUUUUUAUAUGGAACAAGAAGCAAAUGAGCGGACAGAUUACGUUACCAUCGGCGUCACAAGGCAGAUGUUGCGCGUGGCCUCGUACAGUGCUCGGCCCACUGUUACCGGGGCUCACGGAGGAAGCAUUGGCCAGUAUUGCUCCGCGACUAAUCCGUCACUGUGGAGUAUGGUGGCACUCCACGCUGUUACUGACUCGUGUUGUACAUCGUUUGUUGCCACUACCUGACGUGUGAAUGCUGUGCGAGUGAAUGAUUACACAAAUAGUACUCACCAGUAUACUUUUUAUUUUAAAAUAUUAAUUGAGACAGCAACUAGCGUCCCGUCAUUUCAUUACUUCCUGCUGCAUCCGUGCUGAAUAUCUUUCAUACGAAACUAUAAAU